AUGGUCAGUCGCCAGCCGCCGCCCAAACCCAAGCGCACCACGUACCACGACGAGACCGACGCCGACACGUUCGAGUCGGACGACAGCUACUCGGCGCCUGUGGCUCCGCGCCGGGGCCGCAACCACCGCGCGACGUCGCAGUCGCCGCCCUCGUCGCCCGUGAGCAACCGCCCGGCGGUCGCGCCACUCAAGACCGUCGACGGCGAGGCCGAGACGACGAUCGGUGUCGCCGUGAAAAUGAAGGGCGAGCUCUCGUUCGAGCGCCUACUGCGGAUCGAGGGCGAGUUUGACGGCCGGCUUAUCUCCAAGGGCAGCCUCAUCAUCGGCGCGAAAGGCCUCUUGACCGGCCCGGUCGAGGGCAUGAAGGAGGUGCUUGUCUCGGGCGGCCGCAUCAUUGGCAACAUCAACGUCGAGCGGCUCGUACUGCGGGACAAGGGCCAGAUCUUUGGCAAUGUGACUGCGAAAAGCAUCCGCAUCGAUCCCGACUGCGUCGUGCUUGGCUCGCUCAACGUCAACCCGCACGCGCCGUCGCGGAUCAACCUCAAGGGUGAGCCGGUCACCGAGGAGCCCAAGCCGCCGGCGCCAGUGACACCGGCACCACCGACGCAACCCGUCGCGUGA